AUGAGGCUCCCCAUCCUCACCAGCUUGCUUUGCAUCCUGCUUCUCUGCUUUUCCUUCUUCUCAGCGGAAGAGUAA